AUGGCUGGAGAAUCCACCCACUCUGAUGCACAGCCGCAGGUUGGGAGCUUCGUCGGUGACAAGGCACACACUUCUGGCUACCUUGGACGUACGUCCGGCACGGGAUUCUCGAAGCUCGGUUUCGCCGGCAACGACUCCCCGUCAUUCGUAUUCCCGACCGCCAUUGCGACGAAAGGUGCUGCUGGAGGCAGCGCAGGAGGAACGGGCUCCGGCCGUCCAGCUGUCGCGAACAAGCCAUCCUUCCUGACCGGUGGCGCAGGGCCCGGUGGCCAUCUGAACUCGAAGCGUGGAACUGAGGACCUGGACUUCUUCAUCGGCGAUGAGGCCAUUGCCGCUUCUGGAGGACCUGGCUACGGUCUUCACUAUCCUAUUCGUCACGGUCAAGUAGAGAACUGGGAUCAUAUGGAGCGGUUCUGGUCCAACUCCAUCUUCAAGUACCUCCGCGUAGAACCCGAAGAUCACUUCUUCCUCCUCACCGAACCGCCCCUGAACCCCCCCGAGAACCGCGAGAACACGGCCGAGAUCUUCUUCGAGUCCUUCAACUGCGCCGGCCUGUACAUCGCUGUCCAGGCUGUGCUCGCCCUUGCCGCCUCAUGGACCUCUUCCAAGGUUCAUGACCGUUCUUUGACCGGUACGGUCAUUGACUCUGGUGACGGUGUUACCCACGUCAUCCCUGUCGCUGAGGGAUACGUCAUCGGAUCCUCCAUUAAGUCGAUCCCCAUCGCAGGUCGCGAUCUGACCUACUUCGUGCAGUCGCUGCUGCGUGACAGAGGCGAGCCGGACUCGUCACUUAAGACGGCCCAGGAGAUCAAGGAGCAGCACUGCUACGUCUGCCCCGAUAUUGUCAAGGAGUUCUCUCGCUACGACCGAGACCCCACCCGCUUCAUCAAGCACCCAGUGCUUCACCCUGGUGGCCGUCAGGUCUCUGUCGACGUCGGAUACGAACGUUUCCUCGCCCCCGAGAUCUUCUUCAACCCCGAAAUUUAUAGCUCCGACUUCCUCACGCCCCUCCCCACCGUUGUCGACAACGUCAUCCAGGCUUCGCCUAUUGAUGUGCGCCGUGGUCUUUACAAGAACAUUGUCCUUUCCGGCGGAAGCACCCUCUACAAGGACUUUGGUCGCCGCCUGCAGAGAGAUAUCAAGCAAUUGGUCGAUGCUCGCAUCCGAGCUAGCGAGGUUCGCAGCGGUGGUGCAAAGUCCGGCGGCUUGGAGGUCCAGGUUAUCACGCACAAGAGGCAGAGACACGGCCCCUGGUUUGGUGGAAGUUUGCUGGGACAGACGCCCGAGUUCCGUUCCUACUGCCACACCAAGGCUGAGUAUGAAGAGUAUGGCCCGAGCAUUGUUAGACGUUUUGCUUUGUUGGGCGGCCCUGGCGGUUCAUAA